AUGGUUAUAAAUCUUGACUUUGCUACAGAAUAUGCAUUUUCUCCUUCAGCUAAGAAAAUGAAGUACUGGUCGAGUAAGAUGGCGUCUGCUAGCAGGGUUGUUCAGGUAGUCAAGCCACAUACUCCGUUAAUAAGGUUCCCUAACAGAAAAGACCAUCCUAAACCCAAUGUAUCAGAAGUUCUGAGAUCAGCAGGACUACCAUCUCACUCUUCUUCAAUUUCACAGCAUUUUAAGGGAAGUAAAUCACCAGAUUGGCUGAUGCAUCAGGGUCCACCAGACACUGCAGAAAUAAUAAAAACAUUACCUCAGAAAUAUAGAAGGAAGCCUAUGUCUCAAGAAGAAAUGGAAUUUAUCCAGCGUGGAGGUCCAGAAUAAUCACUGACAGUGGCUGUUGUUUGUCAUCACACAAAAGGAUAGUCUUUACAAUAAAGGACUUCCAACAUGACAAAUGAGAAAUUGUAUAUUAAACAACCUUAAUAAAUAUUCUGUAAACAAAAAACUAUAUAGAAAAUUCAGAUGGACACUUAUAACAUCUCAUAAUUUAUGUAUCUUGGUCAGCUCCUCCAUAAGCUUACGUAAUUGUUUAUAUACUUUAUACUUAUUUAAAGUACACAUUUAAAAUGUUAGCCUAUUAUUUUACUCUUGAUUAUUAAGUAUUACUAGUGUUAAACUAUUAAAAGCACACGAUGUCUAGUAAAUUAUCAUAGAUUUCCCAUAAUUUCACUUAUCUUUCAGUUUCUGUUUAGAUAUGAAUUUAUCAGGCAAAAUUGCUGCUUUUUGGAAGUGAUUUUCCUGAAAUUGGAUGAGCGUCAGUGAAAUAAUGGCUCCAUUAUUUAUUGUUAAUUCUCUUAAAAUUUUUUUCAUUCACAAAGUUACUGGAGUAUAACUGGUUUAAUAAGCACAUCUUACUCUGAAAGAUAAGAAUAUAGCCAAAGUAAAACCAGUGAGUGACUGUGCUAGUAAGACAGAGGAGUUAACACAAAAGAUUAUUUGUCACCUAUUUUUAGAAAAAA